CCCUCAUCAUGGUGACGUCACGGAGCUUCAUUCUGUCAAGAUGUUGUUCGGUUCCGCGGAUGAGCGCAGAUCAGCGUGAUUGCAGCGACGACAGAGCGACAAAAUAAAAUAAAUCCAAAAUCUGUGACAUCAGCAUUUACUAUGGAAUUAAAGAAAGCAAUUUCUGAGAGCGACGGGAUGAUGAAAACAUACGGCGCGAUGCACGAGACAAACCGGAGUAGAGACAAAGGCCAGAUGGACGUGUCCAUGGCAGAAAGCUCCAUGUCUCCAGACGAGAUCGAGGCGGAAAUGGCUCGGAUUCAGCGCCUGCGGGAGGUGCUAGUGAGACGUGAGUCCGAACUGAGAUUCAUGAUGGACGAUAUUCAGCUCUGCAAAGACAUUAUGAACCUGAAACAGGAACUGAGGAAGAUAGUGACAAUGCCAGACGCAGAGAAGACUAAGAAACAUCGUCAGAGAGAAGAAAAAUUAAUCCAGGAGAUUCAUCAGCUGGUGCAGAAGAGAGAUUUCCUGGUGGAUGAUGCUGAAGUUGAGCGUCUGAGGGAGCAGGAGGAAGAUAAAGAGAUGGCCGAGUUCCUCAGACAGAAGCUCAGUGUUAUACAGAGAGCUCCAAAGCCAAGAAUGACUGAACCUCCACCCAACAAACCCUCCAUCACCAAGAGCAGCGCGGCCAUCAUUAAAGACUGCUGCGGAGCCACCCAGUGCGUCAUCAUGUGAAAAUCUCCCACCAAUGUCACACCUUACCGUCUGACAGUUAAUUGUGAUCUCCCAAAGCAAAUCUUAUUAAGUGAAUUUGAUGAAUAUGUUAAUGAGUUUGGAUUUGUUCACUGGAGCAGUAAAAAGACUUUUUAGUGUGAUUCUGCAGCAUGUCAAAGUCAACAGAAACUCCAUCGCAAGCGAUUCGUUGCAGACAGGAGGAACAGAAGAGGAGCACGUCGAUGUCCCAUAUAAUUCACCUGAAACAAAACUGAGCUCAAACACAAUCUUAACCCUAACCAUAAAGGUCCAUUCACACCAAGAACGAUAACACCAACGCACAAUAUCAUUCAGUUUAUUAUAAGCACGCUGCAGUUGUCAUCUGUCCCUUUAAAUGCUCGAGCCCGUUAAAGCAGGAUGGAUUCUGAUUAGCUCAAUGUUCGUGUCGUUCAUCAGUUGGGAAAAAAAAAAAAAAAAAUCAUUCUGAAAGUGAAUCCAAGAAUAUCGUUUCUCUGUGUCAUUAUCGUUAUAGUUGUGGAGUGGACUUUGCUAUUCUUUUAUAUUUAGAAUGAUUUUUAUCGUAAUAGUUGUCCUUGGUGUGAACAAACCUUAAAGGCCCGUUCACACCAAGGACGAUAACGAUAAACAUAGUUCUAAAAAUCGUUCUCAAAAUUAAAGAAUAGCACAGUCCACUCGACAACAACGGCACAGAGAAACAAUAUAGUUGCAAUCACUUUCAGAACGAUUUUAUCCAGCUAAUGAACGAUAAAAACAUUGACAGCCAAUCAGAAUCAAUCCUGUUAGAAUAAGCUUGAGCAUUUAAAGUGACAGACAAGCAUGCGCUUAGAAUAAACAGAACAUUAUCCUCGCUGGUGUGGAUGCUAAUAUAAUUAUCGUUGUUGGUGUGAAUGAGCCUUAAGAGCUACGAAGAAUCAGUCACAAGCACAACAGAACCACCAAAAAAAACAAAAACAAAAAAACAAAAAAAAAAAACACCACACACAAUCACAAUAAUUAUAACUUAAUUCAUCAUUGUUUGAAAAUGAUUCUGAAGUUUAGGGGAUUUGUACAAGUCUGUUUCUUUGAACAGGAACAAGUUUUCUUGCACACAGAACUGAAUCAACACACCACCAUGUCAUAUACGUGCACAAAUAUGAAAACCAAGCAUUCCUUUGCCUUUUGGAACGUGCUGAUAUUUAAGCAGGCCCAAUAAUCAGAAGUAAACAGACUACCUGAAUAAAGCAGGAUAUCAGCGGUGCUUGUGAAUAUUCUGCAAAUAAAGUAUCUUCCAGCA